CAUGUAUCUUAGACUCGAUCUAUACCCGCUGGCUGCAGAUCUCUCCACUUCCCAUGCGCGCUUGCUAUAGCUAACUAGCUAGAUCAUUGCAUCAUCAAAUUACACUAUCUCUAACCCAUCUAUAAAUAAGUCACCCCUACCAACUUCGUCUUGGCAUCGACGGUCCAUCUCAUCAGCAUCGAUCAGAGGCCAUAUAGUAGCUAGCUAGUACUCCUUAUCAUCAGCCUCGGCCUCUUUAAUUUACCUGCUAUAGCUACCUCUCUCCUGACUCGAUUGGUGACUGAGAAGAAGAUCAGCAGCUCAUCGAUCGAGGCAGGCUUUGCAUAGCAUCGAUCAUCAGCUAGAUAUAGCAAUGGAUCAGCAGCAGGCACCAUGCGUACCGCCAGGGUUCAGGUUCCACCCCACGGAGGAGGAGCUGGUGGGGUACUACCUCGCCAGGAAGGUGGCCUCCCAGAAGAUCGACCUCGACAUCAUCCGCGAGGUCGAUCUCUACAGAAUCGAGCCAUGGGAUCUCCAAGAGAGGUGCAGCCAUUACGGUGCCGGUGCCAGGGGGCAGGAGGAGGAGCCGACGGAGUAUUACUUCUUCAGCUACAAGGACCGCAAGUACCCCAGUGGCACGCGUACCAAUCGUGCCACCGCCGCUGGCUUUUGGAAGGCCACCGGCAGGGACAAGCCAGUCCUCUCUUCUUCCUUGAGGUCGAGCUCCAUCAGUGUCAUCGGGAUGAGGAAGACGCUCGUCUUCUACCGUGGCCGCGCGCCCAACGGCAGGAAGACCGACUGGAUCAUCCACGAGUACCGACUCCAAUCCAACGAUCACGAGACCGCGCAGGAGGAAGGAUGGGUGGUGUGCCGCGCGUUCCAGAAGCCGAUGCCCAACCAGCAGCAGCAGAGACACAGCUGCUACGCCGGCAGCUAUCCCAUUCCCGGCUACGCCAACAUGCCCAGCUACUACUACGACGGCCCCAACGCACAUGCACGUCUAAUGAACAUUGCAGCAGCCUCGGCGACGAACGAUCACAGCUUCGCAGAGUCCAAGUUGCAGGUGCAGCUCAUCUCCGACAUGCCGCCGCUCCAGAGCCCAGCCGUCGACGGCGGCCAGAGCUAUGAUCAAGCCGCCGCUGAGGAAUCGUCGGCAGUCGAUUGGAACCUGUUGAGCAGCCUGCUGCCAUGUACGCAGCUUAAUUUCCAUCAGCCUCCGGCUUCUCCUUCAUGCUCCAAGAACAAUGACAUCUGAUCCAUCAAGAUAUAUCCAGGACUGAUUAUGUAUUAACGCGUAGCUAUUCUGUAGACUGCAUUGAUCAUUUCAUGACCAUUGAGAUCUGGAACUGGUUCAGCUAGAGUUUAGGUGUGAUCUUGAUUUCUACUUUUGUGUUCACAACAUCAUUUCCUAUAAACU